UCAAGAAAAUGGCAGAACGCGUCUCCAAAUGCCGUGAAGAAGUUUCCAAAAACCGUGAAAAGUACCAAGCGGCUCUGGCGGAGAUCACGGCGUACAACCCUCGGUACAUCGAGGACAUGACGGCUGUCUUCGAGCGCUGCCAGCAGAUGGAAGCGCAGAGGCUGACGUUCUUCAAAGACGUGCUGUUCAGCUUCCACAAGUGCCUUGAUAUUAGUAAAGAACCUACAUUACCACAAAUAUACGAAGAGUUCAACCACACGAUCAACAACGCGGACCACCAGAAGGACCUCAAGUGGUGGGCCAACAACCACGGGGUCAACAUGGCCAUGGCGUGGCCACAGUUCGAGGAGUACACGGAGGAGUUCCGGGACAUCGCCAAGGGCAAGUCCAAGGAGAGCCUGCCCACUGGGCCCAUCACGCUGCUGAACCAGCGACCCGUCAGCGAAGACGAACUACCGCCGAUCACGAAUAACAAGGCGAGCAAGAACUCGAAUCACACGGAGCCGCCGCCUGCGCCGGCGCACUCGACGAACAACACGGCGAACAACACGGCGAAUAACACGGCCAACAACACGAUCGACAAGAAAAGCAUCAGCGCACCUAUCGCUGUCACGAACGGCACAGCAUCCGCACCGAAAUCGAACAAGACGUCUCCGGCUAAGGACUCGCAGGGCAAGCAGGACAACCCCUUCGACGAGGACGAGUGGGACGAAGAAUCGGCCGGCGCUCUCACUGAUACUGGAGAACCGGGCGUGCCGGUGCGGGCCUUAUACGACUACACUGGGGCGGAGAGCGACGAAUUGAGCUUCAGGCAAGGGGACCUAUUCGAAAAACUAGAGGACGAAGACGAACAGGGCUGGUGCAAGGGACGCAAGGACGGCCGCGUGGGGCUCUACCCCGCCAACUACGUGGAGCCCGUGGGCCACUAGCCCGUGGGCCACUAGCGCGUGGGCCACUAGCCCGUGGGCCACUAGCCCGUGGGCCACUAGCCCGUGGGCCACUAGCGCGUGGGCCACUAGCGCGUGGGCCACUAGCGCCCGCAGUCCAGCCCCUAAACCACACACCCCCACUCACAGCAACCCACACUAGCGGUACACGCUUACGAAACAGUGUACUUAUAGUUCCAAAAUACUGAACUGUCCUAUGCAUGACAGUGACAGUGGGGCGCCACCGUCAAUACCGAAUCGCUGGUUCCGAUUUUUGCCAU